AUGGUACCUCUCACCGACGAUGCUGACUACGAUGUCCGCGAUACGUUUUUGAAUGUAUCAAGUCAUUGGUCCGAUACAGGACUAGGAACGUUCCACAAGAUCUUCCUGGCGCUCCGACCAUGGUGCGAAAACGAGGUUGAACCAAAACAAAAAUUUGUUACACUUAACGAUGAAUCAUUGAUAAAUCAAUGGGUAGAUAGACAUAAAUUCAAGGAUGUAAUGGAAAUUUGUGAGAAGACAGGAAUGAUGCAUGGUUUUAAAUAUCUUAAUGGCCUUUUGAAUAACUUCAAAAGUCCCAACAUUUCGGUCAACGUGAGACAGAUCGGAAUAAUUCACGCUCCUCCAUUGCAGCUCCUCAUGUGUUGUCUCUUUUGGACUUCAAAAACUCGAAACCGAUAUCUUCUGGUCACCAUAUCUUCUAGGGCCACAGUGAGUCUAGCAUCUAAUAUAGCUUCGCUGCAGACAGAUGUCUUUUGUGCAGCAGCGUCGCUUCUUAAUAGAAUUUCUUUCGGUAUAAAUAGUUCUUUAGACUAUCAAUGA